UUUGCCUGCCCUUCCACCCACCAAAUCUAUAGACCAAAAAAUCACCUUCUGGCUGCCAUUAGACUUCUAAGUUCCUUCUUCAAGCCUAUCCUUUUUCUUUCUCUUUUUCCUCUCUUCAUUUCUCUUCCAACUUUCUUCUUCUUCUUCUUCUUCAAACCAACGUCAUGUCUGGUGAUAAUAAAGAAUUCUUUCAUUAUGAAAGCUUUUUUGAUCAUAAUUACCCAUUCUUCUCUCAGCACUCUGGCGGAGGCUCCGGCGAUCCUCAAGGUUUUGAGGCUCCACCGCUACCUUAUGGAGGUUUCACAGAAUACUUGCAGAGCUCUGCCGACUAUGGCAUGCUUUCAAAAGCCUUCGACUUGUCUUUCUCAACAAAGGAAGAAGCUUUCGGAGUACCAGCACUCGGUAAAGAAAGUGAAGAUGCAGUGAUAGCCGGCGUUAGUACAAAUGAGAACAGUUCUGUUAUGGCCGGCGUGGGGGUUAUGUCAGUGACGGCUAACUCCUCGCCGUCUUCUUCCUCGGUUGAGGUCGCCGGAGAAGAAGACUACGGCGCCUGUGAAAAGGAUAGGAAAAAGAAUGAAGAAGCUGGUGAAGAAGAAAAUGGUGGAGAAAAGGAUAAGAAUAUAACCAAGCAAAAGAAGAAGGGAGAGAAGAGGCAAAGAGAACCCCGCUUCGCUUUCAUGACAAAGAGUGAAGUCGAUCACCUUGAAGAUGGGUACAGAUGGAGGAAAUACGGUCAAAAGGCCGUCAAGAACAGCAAUUAUCCAAGGAGCUACUAUCGCUGCACAACGCAGAAGUGCACGGUGAAGAAGAGAGUGGAGAGAUCUCAUCAAGACCCUUCGAUCGUGAUUACGACUUAUGAAGGUCAGCAUACUCAUCACUGUCCUGCAAAUGUUCGAGGAAGCUCUCACCUGCUCGCUAACCAGUCUUCUGCCAUGGCGAUGCCGAGCUUCAGAGCCGAAUUGUUCGGCCGGCAACUCACACAACUGGGGUUGGCUAAUCCGUCGGCGAGCUCCGGAUAUGGUUUUCUGCAGAACCUAGCGGCUCCUUCACAGCAGCUUCAGAUAUCUAACUAUGGAGCUCUUCUGCAAGAUAUCAUGCCAUCGUUUGUUAAAAGCAGUCAGCCAUGAAGAUGAUGCAUGUGUGUUCUAACGUAUAAAUGGGCGAGCUAUAUGUAUAACUCGCAAGUUUAGAUUCUAUUACUACAGUUGAGGUAUAUAUAUUCUCCUGCUUAUCUUAAGAAAUCUGUAUCAAUUUCUAGUUUUCGAGACAAUUCAUCAGUAGAGGAAGCUGAAAUCUAUAAAUGUUUUUUUGUUU